GUGAAGGGCCGGAUAGGAGUGUUUACUGAAUGCGUUGUUUGGUUUUGUUCAGGGACUCAGGGCAGAAAGACUGCCUAUUUCUCCAAGUGAUAGGCUCCAUUUGCAUGCGUGGUGCAGACAUUUUGCAGAGCACCAGGGUUCCCAGGCCUCCGAUUUGUAAAGGAUUGUCAGGCCACCCCUUUUCUCGUUCACGUGGAGAGUGCCUAAGAGGAUUUAGAAUCAAGUGGGCACAUUUGCACCGCCUUGUUCUGAAGAGGCAGCUGGAGCGGGGCCGCCGACCUGGCGCAGCCGACCGCGGGUCCCGGGGGACGCAUUGUCCUCCGAGGGGCCGCCACGGGGGCUCCAUUGUGCGCGGGGCAGGCCUUUCUCUCCUGCCCUCUGUCUCCCCCGGGCCUUCGCCCCACCCCCCACGCAGACUUUUCUCUCUAGCUGCCCGGAUCCCCCCCGCUACCGCAUUUCCCAUGCAGAGGCGCGGCCAGGGCUCGGCUGGCCAUCUGCACGCGGAGAUUGACAGCAGCCCCGGAAGCUACGUUAUGAAUUAAGUGGCUUUUGUGGGCUGGUCUGGGAGCUAGACCACCACGUGCAAUGGUUUCUAUGGGAAAUUAGUUCCCACUGAGAAGAUGGAUGUGAAUGCUCCUACCAAAACCUCAUGGAGAAGAGAGAAUUUCCUUCCACAGCUCUGAUGAUGCCACCCAGAAGCAAGAAGGGACAGCCUUUUUAAUGGGUUUUGUCCCCAGAGGCAUCCUCAGUGGCGGUAUGGAGGCCUGGAGAAUGAAGAGGUUGGAGUUUAAGUUCCGGGCCCGUUCACUUCAAUCUCAUACUUGAAAAGGUUCUGAAGAAAUGGGAAUUCCCUAUUAACUUAGAUUAUUAUGGUAUAAACACUGCACCUCAGAAGACCUACAGCAAGGAGCCAGGGCUGGUAUGAAAGCAUGAAAAAGCACAGGACUUUUGGGGCUGGCCUCUGUGAAGAGCAAGGAGUAGGAGAUGACAGCACACGAGCUACUAUACCAGGAAAGCUGCAGUGUGUGCCCAGAUGCUUUCUGUCUUCCUCUCUGCUUCAGGUGAAUUUCAAAUCUAAGAAGAAAAUUCCAUGCCAGGUUUCCGAAGUUUCAACACCACGAGAUUCUUCGCAUCGUGUGUGAGGGCUUUUCAGUUCCAGUUGUUGGUUGUUGAGCCAGCUUCUACCAGCUGCACAAAGGCAGUGGCCCAGGGAGUGGAGGGACAAGAGAGAAGGGACCUCAGUCCCUGGACUGAGGAGCGCUCUCUACCUUCGUGGGACCACUGGACUAUUACAUUAGAGAGACCACGCGGUAAUAAUUGGCCACGAUAUAUACUCUGAGCCUUCAAGCUUUCUGGAUAAGUCAGUACUCCUGGUCUUCUGUAGUCGUUCAUGGACAUUUGCAGAGUGACAAAAAAUUUGGAUUGCUCAACACACAUUCCCAGCUGAGGAUUAAUUAAAGGAUUUACCAUAUAUUGUAUGACUCUUUACUGGAGCCUUGAGAAAUAGGUACCCGGAGAAGAUCUCGGAGCACCUGAUGCGGCCUAAAGAAGCAAAGCCUGGCCCGGGAGUCCCGGCGGGGGCCCGGAGAACAUACCUCCCAGGGGAGCCGCCAUUUCUCUUAAAUGCAUUAUUUUUAAAGAGAAAGAUGAAUGCCAUGUCUCAUCCAAUACUGAAAAUUUGAAGUUUAGAAGACGUUUGCCAACCCACAUCACUUCAAGUGAAUUAGUCAUGCCUUCUGGAACGAUACAGAGUGGAAAAGUUUUGCAGAAUAAGAGUCAGUUUAGGACCAUUGCACCGAAAAUCGUGCCCAGAGUCCUGACACCCAGAGUGCUGCCGUGCCAUUCUUCAUCGGUCUCUGAUCAGGGGACUCCAGGACCCUCCAUCAGCUCCACACCGCUGGAGGUGCCCGCCCAGAAUUAUGCUCUGAUGCAGGUCGCUGGCCAGGAGGGGACAUUUUCUCUCAUUGCAUUUCCACAUGUCGCCUCAGCUCAGCCCAUCCAGAAACCCAGACUGCCCCUGCCUGAAAACCUUAAACUGCCUAUACCUCGAUACCAACCUGCAAGAAACAGGAAAGGAUUGAGAAAGAAACCCGUUCUGAGCUCCUCUGAGAGUGACUGUAGCAAACCUCUUGCCCAAACCCAAACGUCCCCUUCCCCACCUGACCAUUCUGAACCCCCACCCUCACCCAGUCCACCCAAGCCAGUGCUGUCACUAGACCAGGCACCAGCCAGUGUCGGAAUGGCUGCCCUGACCAGUGUAGGUGGCCAUGGAGACUCUCGACCUCCAGUGACCGAUGACCAUGGAGAUCCGAACCUUCCCGACAGCCCAACAUCAUCCACACCAGAGGAGCCCUCUGCCAAGCCGGGCCUCAUGAAGAUUUCAGGGAAAGAAAACAUUUCACGCAAGCAAGCACCCAGUAAACCUGCUGCUGUUGUCAGUGAAAACCAUAAAGAACAAGUUGACCUUGCAAAAGGCACGAUCAAGUUAUCAACAGCCCUUUUUGGCAAUGGACUUCAGUUGAUCCCCUCAGUCCCCAAAGGCAAGCUGCCAAUCUUACCCUACUCAAGAGUGAAAACGACAGAGGUUUACAAAAGUGAGUCAGAUGUUAACACUGCGGAUUUCUCUUCACCUGGGCUCAGGGCAGACUGCAAUAAGAUAUCCUCCAUCACAGGCGGCUUGAACACAGCCACCAGAAUAGCCAACAAGGUACUUGGUCCACAGCUGUCAAAGCGCAGCCCCUGUGACGCUGCCUUUUAUCCAGCUGCCAAACUGGAUCUAAACCACAAAACAAAACUGAAUGGUGGGGCAACAAAGAGAAAAGGAAGAAAACUAAAGGUACCAGAUGAAAUUUUGGCCUUUCAGGGGAAAAGGAAGAAAUGUAAAAGAAUAAAAAACGAUUCCCAAGAAUCCAGAGACCAAAAACCUGGGGCUCUGAAAAAAUAUCGUAGCAUUAUGCCUAAGCCUGUCAUCGUCAUGCCCGCUUUGGCUCCUCUGCCUUCUCCCGCAGCUAUGUUACAAUCCCAAAGGCCCAGCAGCCUAGGACAGGACGUUUUGUUAAAUAAUUCACUCAUUCCUAAAUAUCUCGGCUGUAAACAGGACAACAGCCCUUCCCCUAAGCCCAGCUCUGCAUUCAGAAAUGGAUUCUCUGGCAUUAAGAAGCCUUGGCACAGAUGUCCCGUCUGUAACCACCACUUUCAGUUCAAACAGCACCUUCGAGACCACAUGAAUACACACACCAACAGACGGCCUUACAGUUGUCGGAUUUGUCGCAAGGCGUAUGUACGUUCUGGCAGUCUGAGCACACACAUGAAACUUCAUCAUGGUGAGAACCGGCUGAAGAAACUCGUGUGCUGUGAGUUUUGUGCAAAAGUGUUUGGUCACGUCAGAGUCUAUUUCGGCCACCUGAAAGAAGUGCAUAGGGUGGUCAUCAGCACCGAGCCCUCUCCCAGCGAACCGCAGCCAGGGGACACACUGAAGGACAGAGACAGAGACGUGACUGUGCGAGGGAUGGAGGGACCCGUGCACAGGGAAAACAAGGCAAGCCUGGAAGAAGACCUCUUUCUGAACCAGGCAGACGAAGUCAAACUACAAAUCAAAUGUGGCCGCUGUCAGAUCACGGUCCAGUCUUUCGCUGAAAUAAAGUUUCAUUUACUUUAUGUUCAUGGAGAGGAAAUUCAGGGCAGGCUACAAGAGGCGAUCACCCCAGGAAGCCAGGCAGCUCAGGAAGAGCUGGUUAAACAGGCCUCUCCUUCCUGGAAACAGCAUCCUGAGAGAAGAAAGCUGCCGAAGCAUUGUCCCUCUGAGGAGGAAGCACAUGCAUUUUCUAAAUUGAAAAGACAACUCUGCCUUCAUCAUCAGGAUGACGUGGAAAUACUCCCAAAAAGUGAAGGCGCCCAGCAGAGACCCAGUGAGCCAGGACCCAGAGAGCCGGAAGGGGUCCCCCAGGGCCCUGCCUGUCCCGGCCCCCAGGCAUGUCUCCUUGGGUCCCACUCAGGCUUUAACUGCCUCCUUUGUGCACAGACGCUAGGGACGAAAGAAGAAGUCCUCCUGCACUGGGAACAGCAGCACAAUUGUGAGGACCCUCCCAAACUCUGGAGGAUUCUAAGUGCGCUGUCUAACCGGGGAGAGCCGGAGCUUCCCGGUGCAGCUGAAAAAUGAGACACUGGGGCGAGGGUUUUGUAUCACCUUCCUCUCCAGGCGUUUUGUUUUAUGGUGGUGCUCAAUUAUAAAAAUCAAACGUUAGGAUCAGCACUAAUGAGCAGAGGCAGUUUUUGUACAUACUUUUAUUUUCUUAUGAAAUAUGUAUGUAUAUGCCCUUGAUGCAAAUUUUUUUUAACCAUAUGCAGUUUUAUUUUAAAAUUCUAUGUACCAACACUGUUAAUGUCUUACUUAGGCUUUAUUUCAGAGUGAAUUAAAAGAUCAAAAUUGGAAGAUUGAAAUGUAAAGGAUUAUAAGGUGUUCUUCAAAUAUAGUUUUGAGUAAAAACGUG